UUGGAAGUGUUGCACUUGCCCAUGCCGGACGGAUCCGUGCCUUCUGAAGAGCAACUCCGACUGUUUCUUACGCAUGCUCAACGAUUCAUUCAGUCGGGGAAACGUGUCCUCGUCCACUGUCAGGCGGGAGUUGGCAGAACCGGCUGCAUGCUGGCUGUGUAUUUAAUGGAAAAGUACUCCUGCACAGCGAAGAAAGCGUUGGAGCAGCUGAGAUGGAUACGACCGCAGAGCCUC